AUGAAGGACAACGCCUCCACGGUGGCUUCAAGCCCAUUCGCGCGCUCCAGUCUAUCUGUCGAGCCGCUUGAAAAGGACUCUCUGUCGCAAGGUGUGCCGACGAAACAGACACCGGAUCCUAUCGCGGACCAUAUUCGGCGACAGGCUGCACGUCUGCGCAGUCCUUGGCGAUGCUCCCUGCUCACUCUGGCGACAAGUCUGAGUGCCAUCGUUAUGCUACUUACGAUUGUCCACUCGUUUGUUCACAUGCAGCAAGAUUCCAAAGGAUGCGCCAUGUCAUAUAUGCGGCCAAACUUCGAGAGAUUCUCCGAUUUUGAUACAGAACACACUCGCUUUGCCAGCAAGUAUUCGCUCUACCUCUAUCGAGAGGGUGGAAUCGAUGAAGACACCAAGGUGAAGGGCAUACCGGCAUUGUUCAUUCCUGGAAAUGCCGGCAGCUACAAGCAAAUCCGACCCAUUGCCGCAGAGGCUGCAAAUUACUUCCACGAGGAGUUGCGAUCAGACGCGGCAGCUGUAGAUGGUGGCAAGCGGCCUCUGGAUUUCUUCACCGUGGACUUCAACGAAGAGCUGAUCGCAUUCCACGGACAAACACUUCUCGACCAAGCAGAAUACCUCAACGAAGCUGUGGCGUACAUUCUUGCACUCUACCACAACCCGCAACGGUCAAGCCGGGAGCCGGGACUACCGGAUCCAAAGUCUGUCAUCAUCUUGGGCCACUCCAUGGGAGGUGUAGUGGCGAGGACGAUGUUGAGAACGCCCAAUUAUCAGAAGGAUACCAUUAAUACCAUCAUCACGCUUUCGGCGCCUCACGCGCGACCACCGGUGUCGUUUGACGCUGCCAUGGUGUCGACGUAUGAUGACAUUAAUACAUUCUGGAGGAAUUCUUUCUCGGAGCAGAACAGCGAUAAUAAUCCUUUGGACGAUGUCACUUUGGUAUCGGUAGCGGGCGGCGGACUGGACACUAUGAUCCCCUCGGAGUACACAAGUCUGACGUCUUUGGUCCCAGAUACUCACGGGUUCACUGUCUUCACAUCCAGCAUUCCCAGGGUGUGGACUGGCAUGGAUCAUCUGGCCAUCAUGUGGUGCGAUCAGCUCCGGCAGGCACUGGUCAGAGCCAUUUUCGAUGUGCUCGACGUGCGUCGCCCAUCGCAGACAAGACCUCAACUGGAACGGGUUCGUGCAAUGCGAAAACGCUUACUCACCGGCAUGGAGCCUGUCGUGGAGAAGGCCUUGCUGAAUGAGGAGCCAACAACGUACCUCACACUGGAGCACAGCUCGACUGCAAUCAUGUCGCACGGUGAACGCCUUGUACUACGUACGCUGGGUGAUACCGGUGCAACUAAGGCGCAUGUCAUGCCUGUCCCCUCGCAGCCAUUCGUUGACGGAAGCAAGUUUACCCUGUUGACUGAUCAGACUCUUGAUGCUGGCGAGGAGAACGGAACGCUGUCCGUGUUACUCUGCAGCGUGUUCCCUCCGCCUGCUGGCUUUGCGAUACUCUCAUACACAAUCAAUCUGGAUCCCACUGGCAACUCGCCAGGGUCUACGAGGCUCGCGUGCAAGAAUGCCGCUCAGGAUGUGUCGCUUCUUCCAGCGUCGACCGAUCAUUCCACUGAUGCGUCCGAUCGUGUCCCGCCAUUCUCAUAUUUGCAGUAUGCACUGUCCGACAUCGCGGAUUACCAAUUCAUAGCCAUUCUAGAAAAAGCCAAAGACCGUUCAUCCGGCUGGGCUUUUGCAGAAUUCAGCACUGCAGCUCAUUCAUCGAUCAAAGUCAGCAAGGGUCAUCACCAACUCUUGAUGCAUGGCAUGAGAAAAACGCUCCCGACGGAUCGGCCAUUGAUGAACGAGAUCAAGAUCCCAGAGGUGCACUCGACACUCUUUGCCUAUCGAUUCGAAGUAGACCGUCGGCCUUGCAAGGAGUACAAGGAAAGCUUCGCCCCUUUGCUGCGACAGUACAUUGCCGAGCCAUACGAAUCCAAAUACUUCGUGAACACCAGGCAAGGCAACAUCAACGUUCAUGGACUGUCACCAUACAUGCCGCCUCCUCUCCGCGGGGUUGCCACAGAUGGUCUUUCAUUGCAACUCUGGGCAGAUCCAACGUGCAACUCGACAGUUCAAGUGUCUCUCCAGGUUGACGUACUUGGAAGUGCCGGAAAGCUGGUUAUGCGAUACCGCACUGUGUUUGCUUCGUUCCCGUUGCUUGUCAUCGCUCUUGUCCUGCGCAAGCAAUUCAAUGUCUACGACACGACAGGCGUUUUCAUGAGCUUCAGCCAAAGCAUGGAUCAAUGCAUUCGGACAUCGCUACCUGCAAUUUUCAUGGCGCUCACAUUCUUCGCGGUCGCCGUGUCGAAGUCCAGCCAUAACGUGUGGACCAGGGAGUGGCUCAGUUCGACGACAGGGACUUCAGAAGACACGAUCGAUUUCGCAGUCAACGAUUUGAUGCUUGGCACAUCUGAUCCGUUCUUCUGGUUCCUGGUGCCGUUCUUCGCCAUCGUCAGCGUCGGCAUUUGCAUUGCCAUGAACUAUGUCGUUCUGAUCCUUACGCACAUAUUCAGCGUCGUGAUUGCUCGGGUUCGUGCGUGGUUACCACGCGCGUCAGAUGUUUCGAAAACAUCUCAAGCGACUCCGGUCAACCAGCGAAUCAUCGCCACCGGCGUGCUCGUCCUCUUGGUCGUGACCAUAAUACCCUACCAGUUCGCAUACAUGGUGCUUUGCAUCGUUCAAAUCGCAACGUGCAUUCGAGCCUUAAGAUGUGCUCGGGAAACGCAGUCCGCACCGAGCUACAACUUUUACAACUACACCCAUUCGAUACUGGUCUUUAUGCUCUGGAUCCUGCCCAUAAACAUGCCGGUGCUCGUCGUUUGGAUACAUAAUCUGGCAGUUCAAUGGCUGACACCAUUCUCAACACAUCACAAUUUGUUGUCUGUGCUGGGUUACAUCUUGCUGGUCGAGAUGAUGAGCACGAGCAAUAUGAUACCCCGCGUCACGAGUCGUGUACGCUUUGUCACCAACAUCCUGAUGUUUGCAUUCGCACUCUACGCCGCCGUUUACGGCGUGACAUAUGCAUACCGCAUGCACUACGCCGUCAACGCGCUAUGUGCAUGGCUCUUCGUUGUGCACCUCUCGGGUGGUCCUGUCUCGCUGGCGAGCUUGUCGCGAUACUUUGGCUCGUCUGCAGUCAUUGUCAACGGGCAUGUAAAGAAACGGCCGUGAGCCUUGCGGGAAGCGUGACAGAAGAAGAGAAGUGUAAGACCUUGCAUGAACGACAGUAUUUUCAGCAAUGGCACCAGCAGUCUGUGCUGUACAUAGUCAAUACCCCGUAGUAUAUAAUGAGUAAUACUU